AUGGGUAAGAGACAACAUCAGAAGGAUAAAAUGUACCUCACGUACACAGAAUGGUCAACACUCUAUGGUGGCAAAAGACCCGGCAUUGAAAAGCCAAAAUUUGCUCGAUUGCCUUUUGACCAUUGUUGUCUAUCGCUUGUCGCUUUCAAGACACCAUACUGUGACCCUGACGGUAAUAUUUUUGAGUAUGAGGCAUUACUUGAAUAUAUAAAACAGUUUAAACACAACCCAGUGACGGGAAAGCCGAUAGAGUUGAAAAAAUUAAUUAAGUUGAACUUCCAUCGUAAUGCAGCAGGCGAGUAUCAUUGCCCAGUCUUGUUCAAAUCCUUAACUAAACAUUCGCACAUAAUAGCAAUCAAGACAACGGGAAAUGUUUUUUCAUAUGAGGCUAUAGAGCAAUUGAAUAUUAAAACAAAAAACUGGAAAGAUCUUUUAACAGACGAACCAUUCUUGCGUAAAGACAUGAUCACACUUCAAGAUCCAACUAAUUUGACAAAAUUUAAUAUUGCAAAAUUCCAUCAUGUUGUGAAAAAAAUCAAAGUUGUAGAUCCAGAUGAAGAAGCACAGUCUAAAGACCCAGAAGGGCGUUUAAAAUCAGUGUCGAAAACUACAAGAGAUAUAUUGGAUACAUUGGAUCGAGAUUACAAGGCACCAGCAAAAAAAGUAGAAGUAGUAGCACAAAAACCAGAUAAAUUAAAUGCAGCUCAUUACUCUACUGGCCGUGUAGCUGCUAGUUUUACAUCCACAGCAAUGGUUCCAGUGCUGGAACAUGAAUCAGCAAUUAUAGAAGAGAAUGAAAUCCGAUUUGAGCGUAUAAAAAAAAAGGGUUAUGUUCGAUUAACCACCAAUUAUGGACCAUUAAAUUUGGAACUGUUUUGUAAAGAAGUACCUAAGACAUGUGAAAAUUUUAUAAAACUUUGUCAAAAAGAUUAUUAUGAUGGUACAAAAUUUCAUAGAUCCAUUCGUAAUUUUAUGGUUCAGGGUGGCGAUCCAACUGGUACUGGUAAAGGUGGUGAAUCAUAUUGGGGACAGCCUUUUGAAGAUGAAUUUAAACAAAAUUUAAACCACUCUGGACGAGGUGUGUUGUCUAUGGCCAAUUCUGGCCCUGAUACAAAUAAAUCACAAUUUUUUAUAACAUACCGUUCAUGUAAGCAUUUGGACAACAAACAUACAGUGUUUGGACGUAUAGUAGGAGGUUUUGAAACACUUAAUGCAAUUGAAGAAAUCGAAGUGGAUAAUAAAGAUCGGCCAAUCACUGAUAUUAAUAUACUGAAAACUCAUGUAUUUGUUGAUCCAUUUCAAGAAGUUGAUGAUAAGAUAGCAGAAGAAAGGCAAGAGGAAUUAAUAAAUACACCUGGAACUAGUAUGGCUUCAACUGUACAAACAGAAGAAAAGAAAAUAUCAAGCAUAGCAAUUCCAGGAGUUAAACUCAAAACAUUUAAAACUGGGGUAGGGAAAUACAUCAACCCUUCAGCUUUACAAAAAAACAAGAUCGAAAAUGAAGAAUUGCCUAGCAAGAAGAAGAAAGUCAUUGGUUAUGAUUUUCAUGGAUUUAAUAAUUGGUGA